AUGGUGCAGGUUGUAACACCACAACUUCCAUCACCAUCUCCGAUUUCUUGGCCCAACUCGCAGGAUUGCCAGACGUACCACCAUCAGCCGGCGCUGACCCGAGAGGCAGAAGAGUCACAGAAAGAGACCUUCCCGAGACCAACUUCACCGUCGCAGUCCAGUUUUGUCGACAUCCAGAACAUUACAGAAUGGGACAUACACUCCUGGACAUGCCAAUAUCCCGGCGCCAACAGCAGCGAGAAAAGCUGCGAGGAGAAAUUUCACUCCUGGUUUAAGGCCGACUCGCCUUCUCCCUCGGGAACUGGCCUCGACCAGACCGGAAACGCCCUCUUCAACUUCGUCCCUCGUCUCGUUAACCGCGUCGAAAACAAUAUUGCGGAUCUCUUCCCCGGCAUCAGCGAACCGCUUCAACACGGCCUAGCUUGGCUCAACAAUGCACACAACGCCGUGCUGCACGCUGCUGAUGUCGGUGGGGGUGAACUGUGU